AUGUCUUUCCAUCCGGAUGCCAAAGGCACCAACAACCCGGUAAAAGGCUACCAGGAUUUUACUGACCCGCGCAUACGUGCCGUUAACCAGCAGGAAAUUUACCCUACAAAGUCUAUCGAUUACGGGCAGGCGCAGUUGGUAACUUUUGACCUGGCUUUCUACCCGCAGGAAAGAGGCCCCUAUAAUUUUGACGCAAGGGCGGGCAGUGUUAACGCAGCUAACGGCAAGCUGCAAAAUCCUAAAAACCGCUGGGGCGGUAUCAUGCGUGCCAUUGACCAGACCGAUUUUGAAACCAGCAACGUGGAAUACAUAGAGUUCUGGAUGCAGGAUCCCUUCCUGCUGAAACCUUCCAGUACCGGUGGCCAGUUUUACAUUAACCUGGGUAAUAUUUCUGAAGAUGUGCUGCGCGAUGGCAGAAGACAAUUUGAAAACGGUUUACCUGGCGCCGAUGGCAAAGCCGCCGUAGACAACAGCUCCGUAUGGGGUAAUACACCCGCUAACCCCAUACAGGUAACAACGGCGUUCAGCAACGAUCCUUUAGACAGGCCUUUCCAGGACGUAGGACUGGAUGGCCUGGGCGAUGAUGCAGAAAAAGCAAAAUUCAAUGCCUACCUCACCCAGAUCGGAAAUAUUUUUGGUGUAGGUUCUCCCGUUUACCAGCAAGCCCUGGCAGAUCCGUCCAGCGAUGAUUUUAAGAAUUACCGCGAUGCCAGCUACGAUGCAGCACAGGCAAAUAUCCUUGCGCGUUAUAAAAACAUCAAUAGCCCGCAGGGCAACUCUCCUAUAGCAGACGCCAACUCUACACUCACUACGGCGUUUACAUUGUAUCCUGACCAGGAAGAUCUGAACCGGGACAAUACACUGAAUGAACUGGAAGAAUACUUUCAAUAUAAAAUAAACCUGGUGCCCGGCCAGUUUACCGUAGGGCAGAAUUAUAUUACCGACAAGCGCUCAUUCACGCCCAAUAUUCCCAAUGGCAAACCGGAGAACUGGUACCUGUUCCGCGUACCGGUGUCUGAUGGCCAGAAAAUCGGCAAUAUCCCCGAUUUUAAAUCCAUCCGCUUUAUACGCAUGUUUUUAACGGGUUUUGAAGACUCACUGGUGUGCCGCUUUGCCAAAUUUGAACUGGUGCGCAACCAGUGGAGGAAUUUUACUUUCAAAGUAGAUACUACCGGUAACUAUGCCACCGUGCCCCCCAAUUCAGGCACAGAGUUUAAUGUGCUGGCCGUAAAUAUUGAAGAGAACAGCAAACGCACCCCCAUACCUUAUGUUACCCCCCCCGGUAUUGAACGCCAGCAAUUGCUCAGCAAUAACAAUGUAAACCUGUUCCAGAAUGAACAGAGUAUGAGUAUGCAGAUUUGUAACCUGCAAAAAGAUGAUGCAAGAGGUGUAUUCAAAACAUUCAACCUGGAUCUGCGCCAGUAUGGUACGCUGUCCAUGUUUAUACACGCAGAAGGCCGCGGGGCUAUUGAUCCGCUGCAGGCAGGCUCACUGGAAGCCAUCAUCAGACUGGGCAACGACUUUGUAAGCAACUACUACGAGAUUAAAAUACCGCUAACCAAAACGCCGUAUAAUACCAGCGACCCUGCAAAAAUAUGGCCCUCAGAAAAUGAACUAGCGCUUAGCCUUCAGCGCUUAAUACAAUUAAAGAUCAAACGUAAUAAUAACUCACAACCCAAUGUUUAUUACCGGGAGCGAGAUGCCGAUGGAAAAGUGUAUGCCAUAUUGGGCAACCCCAACCUGGGAGAAGUAAGAGGCAUGUUCCUGGGUAUUCAUAAUAUUGGCCAGGAAACAAUUUGUACUGAAGCAUGGUUCAAUGAACUGCGCCUGAGUGACCUGAACGAAAAAGGUGGGUGGGCUGCCCUGGGCCGUGUUGAUAUGAAACUGGCCGAUUUGGGCACCAUAACAUUUUCCGGCAGUUAUAAGGGCAUUGGCUUUGGCAAUCUUGACCAGCGGGUGAACGAGCGUGCCAAGGAUAAUCUAUCGCAGUUUGAUGUAGCCACGAAUCUUGAACUGGGCAAAUUCCUGCCACAGAAAUCCGGCAUCUCUAUACCCAUGUAUGCCAGUUAUUCACAAACGCUCAGCACACCUCAAUUUGAUCCUUAUGAUCUUGAUAUUAAACUCAAAGACAAACUAAAUGCAGCCGGAGCAAAGAAAGACUCCAUAAAAAGCGACGCGGUAGACAUGACUACCAUCCGUACCAUUAAUUUUACCAAUGUAAAAAAGAACAAUACCACCGGCAAAAAACAAAAACCCUGGAGUGUAGAAAACCUGGAUCAGCAGGCCACUUUCAGUUACGUACUGCCCACCAAUAAACUGCCAUUGCUGGAUUGGACUACCAUGCGUGUAGGCUAUGUUGCCAAAUAUGGCUGGUUGGCAUCUUCGCUGGAUUCUGUGGCCAGGAGCCUUGGCAAUUUCUUAAAUAAUUCGCAGGAUAAAAAUGCCACUGCUGAACUUGAUUUUACCAGGCUUUACCAGAAAAGCCGCUUCUUAAGAGCGCUUGAUUGGGAUGCCCCCAAAGCAGCCCCUGUACCAGCAGUACCAGCUGCUAAAAACGCCGCAGACUCUACCAAUAAAAAAGGUAAAAAAAUUAAAGAGAAAAAGAUAAAAGACCCCAAUGCAUUGCCAGAGCUGAACAUUGCAGUGAAAGUGCUGGGCCGCCUGCUCACCUCAGUAAAGCGAAUGAGUAUUGCCUAUAAUUCUACCGGUACCACCAACCUGGCCGGCUAUACAGACAGUACCAAAAUACUGGGAUUACCGUUCUAUAUUAUCGCAGCGGCUGGCCAAACUGAAUCCUUAUUCAAAAGAUCCCAGCGGCAAUCCCAUACCAACUGCCGAUGGCUACUAUAG